CCCAAUCCCAUUGGGACAGGUUUCACAAUGUCCCGGAUGGGGCUGCGGUGGGUCACAGUACAACCUCCAGAACGGAGGAUGGGGUGGUUCUUGCUGCUGGUGCUGACACAGUUCUCAGGGGUUCCUGGGCAGCGCUCGCCUUUGAAUGAUUUCCAGGUACUUCGGGGUACGAAGCUGCAGCACCUGCUACACUCAGGGAGCUCCAAACCUUGGCAAGAAAAUGUGGCAGAUGCAGAGGAGUGUGCAAAAUAUUGCAAGGACCUGCUGGACUGCAGGGCCUUCCACUACAAUGUGAGCAGCCAAGGUUGCCAGAUGCUGCCCUGGACCCAAUACUCACCUCAUACACGGCUGCAGCGAUCUGGGGGCUGUGACCUCUUCCAAAAAAAAGAUUAUGUACGGAACUGCAUUGUAGACAUCGGGAUCCAGUACCGGGGAACUGCAGCAGUCACCAAGGAGGGCCUACCUUGUCAGCACUGGAGACACAAGUUCCCCAAUGACCACAAGUACACACCCACCCCACAGAAUGGCUUGGAAGAGAACUUCUGUCGAAACCCUGACAGGGACCCUGGAGGUCCCUGGUGCUACACGACAGACCCUGCCAAACGUUACCAAAGCUGCGGCCUUAAGUCCUGCAAGGAGGCAGCCUGCUUUUGGUGCAAUGGUGAAGAUUAUCGCGGGGCCGUGGACCAUACUGAGUCAGGGCGCGAGUGUCAGCGUUGGGACCUGCAGCACCCACACCCGCACCCCUUCGAACCCGGCAAGUUCCUAGACAAACACCUGGACGACAACUAUUGCCGGAAUCCGGAUGGUUCCGAGCGUCCGUGGUGCUAUACCACUGAUCCACAGCUCAAGCGGGAGUUCUGCAACCUUCCUCGUUGCGGGACCAACACACAUCAGCACAAGGAGGCCACGACACUCAAUUGCUUCCGUGGGAAGGGCGAGGGCUACCGGGGCACGGCCAACACCACCGCCGCGGGAGUACCCUGUCAGCGCUGGGACGCGCAGUAUCCGCAUCAGCACCUCUUCGCGCCGGAGAAAUACGCUUGCAAGGACCUUCGCGAGAAUUUCUGCCGGAAUCCCGACGGUUCGGAGGCACCCUGGUGCUUCACCUCGCGGCCUGGAAUGCGCAUGGCCUUCUGCUACCAGAUCCGGCGCUGCGCCGACGACGUGCGGGCCGAGGACUGCUACCACGGCGUCGGGGAGAGCUACCGCGGCUCGGUCAGCAAGACCCGCAAGGGCGUCACUUGCCAGCAUUGGUCCGCCGAUACGCCGCACAAGCCCCAGUUCACGCCCGCCUCUGUCCUCCAUGCGCAGCUGGAGGAGAACUUCUGCCGGAACCCGGACGCCGACAGCCACGGUCCCUGGUGCUACACCACCGACCCGGGGACGCCUUUCGACUACUGCGCUCUGAAGCGCUGCGAUGAUGAGCAACAGCCGUCCAUCCUGGAGCCCGCAGACCAGGUGCUGUUUGAGAAGUGUGGCAAGAGGGUGACCCGACAGGACCGGCUGUCCCCCAGGAUGCGGGUGGUGGGGGGCCAGCCUGGGAACUCACCCUGGACUGUCAGCUUGCGGAACCGACAGGGCCAUCAUUUCUGUGGGGGGUCCCUAGUGAAGGAGCAGUGGGUACUGACUGCCCGGCAGUGCUUCUCUUCCUGCCACAUGCCCCUCCUAGGUUAUGAGGUGUGGCUGGGCACCCUAUUCCAGAACCCACAGCCCUCAGAGCCAGACCUGCAGCGGGUCCCAGUCACCAAGCUGGUGUGCGGGCCCUCCGGCUCCCAGCUGGUUCUGCUCAAGCUAGAGAGGCCCGUGACCCUGAAUCAGCGUGUGGCCCUGAUCUGCCUGCCCCCUGAGCGCUAUGUGGUGCCUCCAGGAACCCAGUGUGAAAUUGCAGGCUGGGGGGAGACUAAAGGCACAGGGGACAACUCGGUACUUAAUGUGGCCUCAAUGAAAGUCAUCUCCAACCAGGAAUGUAAUGUCAAGCACCGAGGGCGCGUGCGGGAGAAUGAGCUGUGCACUGAGGGGCUGCUGGCCCCUGUGGGGGCCUGUGAGGGCGACUACGGGGGUCCGCUUGCCUGCUUCACCCAUGACUGCUGGGUCCUGCAAGGAAUCAUCAUUCCCAACCGCGUGUGCGCGCGGCCACGCUGGCCAGCCGUCUAUAUUCGCAUCUCUGUGUUUACGGACUGGAUCCACAAGGUCAUGCAGCUGGGUUAGGCCUGGCUGCAAGCCUGGGGGCCUCGGUGGGGUGAGCCUCUGUCUGACAUAAAGCUGCCUUCCU